AGCAGAAAUGGCGCAGAAAGGAGUUGAACUGGAUCGAGAAACCUUUUCUUGUUCCAUCUGUCUGGAUCUACUGAAGGAUCCGGUGGCUAUUCCCUGUGGACACAGCUACUGCAUGAACUGUAUUAAAAGCCACUUUGAUGAAGAGGACAAGAAACAAACCCACAGUUGUCCUGAGUGCAGACAACUCUUCCCAUCGAGGCCUGUCCUGGUGAAAAACACCAUGUUAGCAGUUUUAGUGGAGCAGCUGAAGAAGACUGGACUCCAACCUGCUCGUGCUGAUCACUGCUAUGCUGGACCUGAAGAUGUGGCCUGUGAUGUCUGCACUGGAAGAAAACUGAAAGCCUUCAAGUCCUGUUUAUUCUGUCUGGCAUCUUACUGUGAGAAACACCUUGAACCUCACUAUAACUCACCUACAUUUAAACAACACAAGCUGGUGGAUCCCUCCAAGAAGCUCCAGGAGAACAUCUGCUCUCGUCAUGAUGAGGUGAUGAAGAUGUUCUGUCGUACUGAUCAGCAGAUUAUCUGUUAUCUCUGCUCUGUGGAUGAACAUAAAGGCCACGACACAGUCUCAGCUGCAGCAGAAAGGACUGAGAGGCAGAGAGAGGUGGAGGUAAGACGACAAAACAUCCAGCAGAUGAUCCAGGAUAAAGAGAAAGAUGUGAAGCUGCUUCAACAGGAGCUGAAGGCCAUCGCUCACUCUGCUGAUAAAACAGUGAAGGACAGUCAGGAGAUCUUCACUGAGAUGAUCCGUCUCCUCCAGGAAAGAAGCUCUGAUGUGGAGCAGCAGGUCAGAUCCCAGCAGGAAACUGAAGAGAGUCGAGUCAAAGAGUUUCAGGAGAAGCUGGAGCAGGAGAUCACUGAGCUGAAGAGGGAAGAUGCUGAGCUGAAGCAGCUCUCAGACACAGAGGAUCACAACCAGUUUCUACACAACUACCCCUCACUGCCACCACUCAGUCAAUCUACACACUCAUCCAGCAUCAAUAUCCGUCCUCUGAGGUACUUUAAGGCCGUGAAAGCAGCUGUGACAAAGCUGAGAAAGAGACUAGAGGACAUUCUGAGAGAGACGAGGACAAAUAUCUCAAAGACAGUGACUGAAGUGGAUGUUUUACUGUCACAACCAGAGCCAAAGACCAGAGAUGAAUUCUUAAAGUAUUCACGUGAAAUCCCAAUGGAUCCAAACACAGUAAAGAGACGUCUGGUACUGCCUGAGGGAAACAGAAAAUUAAAAUGGAUGUUUCAAUGACAGUCUUAUCCUGAUCAUCCAGACAGAUUCACUGAUUGUCGUCAGGUCCUGAGUAGAGAGAGUCUGACUGGACGUUGUUACUGGGAGGUGAAGUGGAGUGGAUUAGUUGAUGUAGCAGUCACAUACAAGAAUAUCAGCAGAGCAGGGAAUGAAGGUAGAUUUGGACGUAAUGACGAAUCUUGGUCAUUAGAUUAUUCCAGUUCUAUAAUUUGUUACAACAACAUCCCAACUUCUGUCUCAGGUCCUCGUUCCUCCAGAGUAGGAGUGUACCUGGAUCACAGAGCAGGUAUUCUGUCCUUUUACAACGUCUCUGAAACCAUGACUCUCCUCCACAGAGUCCAGACCACAUUCACUCAGCCGCUCUAUGCUGGACUCUGGAUUAGUGAUGGGUUGGUUAUUGGAACCAGUGCAGAGUUGUGUGAGCUGAAGUAGUAAUUUUGCUCAGUUGGUUGUGUUUCUACAUAUAGCAGCCACUUUUGCAAUUACUGCUAAGGAGAGAGUAAAUAAUUUACUCAGAUUUUUAAGACUUAUAUUACUUAUAUCUGCCUGUAAUAUUACCAACAUUUAAUUUUGAAAUUAAAUACUGUAUGUAAGGAAGUGUGUCAAAUCUAGUUUUUAUUUUAUCAUUGGUGUUUUGAUCAAAAUGGAAGAUGAGGAAUUGCUCUGUUGGUGUUUGUGGGGUUGAAGUCAAUAUAUAUUUUCCCUGUCGUCCUUUGUGACAGUAUGAUUUCUGUAUUGUGAUUUCUAAUAAAGUUUAGUGGAUUUGAACCAUG